GCAAUUGUAGCAUUCGUAAGACUAAAGCGACGGUGAAAAAUAUUUAUCAUUAGUGCCAUAUAUAUAUAUAUAUUAUAAAUAAAAAUGUAUCAGGAUGCAGAGGGUUCGUUCGCGGCGAAAAUAGACAAAAAUAAAUUCGAAACAUCCAUAAGUGAAUUGAAAACGAAAACAUUUGUGAGUCCCGUUGACAUGGUCAAAUACGACGAUGGAGCGGUCACUGAAGAAUAUCAGAAAGCCUAUAGAAGUUCCCUUGAGAACCCUGAGAAGUUCUGGGGAGAGGUGGCCCAGGAGAUCGAAUGGACACGUCCUUGGGAUCGUGUCUUGGACAACAGCAACCCACCUUUCACCAAAUGGUUUGUGGGCGGUGAGUUGUCUGUCUGUUACAAUGCUGUAGACCGUCACGUGCCAACCAAAGGUGAUCAAAUCGCUUUGGCUUACGACUCCCCUUUGACUGACACCGUCAAGCGCAUCACCUACGCCGAACUGCAGGAUCAGGUAUCUCGACUGGCUGGACGACUGUCUUCUCUGGGUGUAGAGCGAGGAUCUCGAGUACUCAUUUAUAUGCCGCUAAUCCCAGAAGCUGUGGUGGCUAUGUUGGCUACCAAUCGGAUAGGUGCCAUACAUUCAGUGGUUUUUGGAGGUUUUGCUGCAAGAGAGUUAAGAACAAGAAUUGAACAUGCGGAACCAACUGUUAUCAUAGCAGCGAGCUGUGGAGUGGAACCAAACAAAAUAGUCAGGUACAAAGACAUAUUGGACGACGCACUAUGUCAAAGUUCGCACACGCCUCAGAAGUGUAUAAUAUACCAAAGACGGCGCGUACUAGAAUGUUCCCUGCAGAAGGGAAGAGAUAUGUGCUGGGAUGAAGCGCUGCAGGCGGAACCUGUUCCGUGUGUUCCAACUGAAGCUAACGAAGCGUUGUACAUAUUGUAUACAUCUGGUACCACGGAUGAUCCGAAGGGAAUCCAACGGCCGUGUAUGCAUGCGGCUACGCUGUGUUGGUCAAUGCGAGCUGUUUACGGUUUGAAGAGUGGUGUGUGGUGGGCUGCGUCGGAUCUUGGAUGGGUGGUCGGUCAUUCCUAUAUAUGUUACGGACCUCUGCUAGCAGGGCUUACAACCGUUCUGUAUGAAGGGAAACCAGAUCGAACUCCAGACCCUGGACAGUAUUAUAGGAUUAUAGAACAACAUAGAGUCAACGCUCUCUUUACGAUACCAACUGCUUUCCGCGUCCUCAAGAGGGCUGACCCCAAUGGAAAAUAUGCUAGAAGAUAUUGCCAAAAUACCUUAAAGACGAUAUUCAUUGCUGGAGAGCAUUGUGAUCACGAAACCAGACGCUGGGCUGAAAAUAUCUUCGGUGUAUCUGUUCUGAACCACUGGUGGCAGACAGAGACAGGCUCCCCCAUCACUGCCGCAUGUCUUGGAUAUGGGAUGAAAGGGAUACGGCCACAUUCAACCGGAUAUCCUGUGCCUGGAUAUGAUUUACGUGCUCUGAGAGAGGAUGGUACUGAAUGUAAAUCGGGAGAAGUUGGUCGUUUGGUUGCAAAACUACCUCUGCCUCCAGGAUUCGCUUCAACAUUGUGGCAAUCAGAUGAGCGGUUUAAGAAAGUAUACUUCGACGCUUAUCAGGGUUAUUACGAUACUCAAGAUGUUGGUUGGAUAAGCGCUGAAUCUGCUGUUUGGGUUGUGGCUAGAGCUGAUGACGUCAUCAACGUCGCUGGCCACAGGCUCUCGACAGCCGCCAUCGAAGAUGUCGUUCUGAAGCACGCCAGGGUUGCGGAUGCAGUGGUCGUCGGAGCCCCCGACCCAACUAAAGGGGAUGUCCCUCUUUGCUUAUACGUCAUGCGUCCUCCACAAGACGACGAAGAAAUGGUGACGGAGAGCACGGUCACACAAGAGCUGAUAGCGUUGGUGCGACACUUGAUUGGACCGAUUGCAGCCUUUCGGAAGGCUGUAGCUGUACCGGCACUGCCUCGCACACGAUCUGGAAAGGCUUUGAGAGGAGCUAUAUCGAGAUUGGCCAGGUGCCAGCAGAUUAAGCUACCGGCUACCAUCGAAGAUCCAAGCGUGUUCGGCGAAAUAAAGGUCGCAUUGCAAAAAUUUGGAUACGCCAUUGAUGCACCGGACCCUGAAAUGUAAUAUGUAUUGUAUCAAUAGAUAUAAAAAUAAAAUCUCAUAAAAAUAUCUUCAGUAAUUUUUAUACAGGAAAAUAUAUUAAAUAAUUUAUAUUAAUUUAGUUACAAUUCUUAUAUGUCCAAGUGCUAUGCAAUAUAUGUAUUUGUCUAUAGGUGUCUGUAGUUACUAAUUUCUUUUUCAUACUUUAUUUACUUAUUUAUAAGACUUUCACUUCGAGUUAAUAUAACAACUGCAGUCUUUGAUUUAACUCACAUACUUGGUGUACUUUUAUUUUUAUUUUUAGUCCAGUUGUUUAAUGAAUCCGCUAGAUGGCGCUGUGAUUGACAAAUGAAAGUAUUGUAAAUAUGACCAGAUAAACCCAAUUUAUAUUCUAAAUGUACUUUCAAACAAAUAACUAAUGUAGUUUUAAAUUAAAACUCACACGAAAAAUAUAAAGCGUUAAUGUAAAUAGAUUUCCUAUUGUUUUCCUUCCAUUACAAUUAUUAUUAUAAUGUAUGCACAUUUUAACUUGCUGAUUGUUUCUGACGACAUAUUUAUUCAAUUCUUUUAUUUUAUUAUAAUU